CACAACGUGCACUGAGCGCCCUCCAUCCGGCCGAGCAGUCACGUGUUUCCGGCUCGGUCCUGUACGCUGGGUAGUGUGGAGUAGAGAUGACUCGCUGGGCUCGUCCCGGACAUGUGAACGCGCCAAGUCGGAACCGCAAACUGUGUGCGGCCACCCCCUGGGAAGAGCUGAGGAAGGCCGGCCAGGAGAGGUCAGCCCAACCGUUCAGGAAGAAGGAGGGCAAGUAUGUCAACCAGGAUGUCAAUGGCUUCAACGCUCUGCACAAGGAACAGCGCCGGGAGGGUCGGAGACUGAAGAGACAGACCAACAAGUCGAGCAAGAUGGUGUGUUUCCACUGUCGCAAGCCUGGCCAUGGCAUGGCUGACUGCUCUGAGGCUCUGAGAUGUCAGGAGAUGGGUACAGGAAUCUGCUUUCGAUGUGGAUCAACAGAACAUGAAAUCAAGACAUGCAGAGCCAAAGUGGACCCAGCUCUUGGAGAGUUUCCAUAUGCAAAAUGCUUCAUAUGCGGAGAGAUGGGGCACUUAUCACGGUCGUGUCCAGACAAUCCCAAGGGAUUGUAUGCCCAAGGAGGAAGCUGCAGGGUUUGUGGCUCCGUUGAGCAUUUCCAAAGAGAUUGUCCAGAACAUCACACAGCCCAGAUGACAGUUGGCAGAUGGACAAGUGGAAUGAGUGCAGAUCAUGAAGAUGUUCCUGUUAUCCCUAAAGCCCAAAAAGUUCCCACGAAGACUCCCAAAAUAGUCAAGUUCUAACAGUUGUUCCGUUUGGAGAAAAACUAAACCUUCUACCCAACUGGACUGUAGAGUGAAACGCAUGAAUUUGUGUAUCAUAAGGCAUUGAUUAGGUGGCUGUAGGGUCUAUUCAUACUUGUCUGUCUGACAAUCCAACGAUGAUGAGUAAAAAUAAUGCAGCCAGGUGUUUAUACUAAAGACACGAAGACCCCUUUCACAUGGAGAGGACUUCGACUGGGAUCUGCUUGCUCAGCAGGGAAUCUGUUCGCUGAUCCCCAGAGGGCGGAUGACAGGUCUGUUAUACAGAACAGACACAGCCUGCUCUCCUCUAUGGGCAGUUGGAUGUUUAUGGACCUAUUGUCCAUUUUACAUCCGACUGUCAUCCGAUCCAGCCAGAUGGAUCAAAGGUAGCUGGGUGCAAACGGACACAAGUCUGUUUUCAUCU